AUGGCGGUGCUAAGACAACAGGGGAACAAGUGCGAGCACUUCCGGGUCCGCCCCUUCUCAUACGUCACCAGGCAACGCUCCCAUGGCAACGGGGGCCCGCCCCUUAAAGGGGACGCGCCCAGAACGAGGGGCAGGUGUGGAAGAGCCGGAAGGAAGCAUCCGCUUGUCAUGGCCUCCAAUGGCCCUGAUCUGAAUGGGACCCCCUCUGUGGAGGCCUUCUGCUAUGGGAAGCAGGACCUGCUGCUCAACGGGGUAGAGUGGCCAUCCAGGGGCCUGUCCCGCUUUGAUCAUGCCCUGCUGCAGGGCUGGAGGGACCGCAUGGAGAAGGGCCUCUUCCGCUACCACUUGGACGCUUUGCCCACCCGGAUCCUGCCAGGCACAAUGGGUCUUGUAGCACAGCUGAACGUGGAGCGCGGGGAGCAGCGAAGGGCCCCCCAGGAAAUCCACAGCCUCAAACAGGCCUUCGACCCGCUGCGGUUCAACUUUGCCCAAAUCCGGCCAGAGGAGGUGCUCUUUGCCUUGAGACGGGAAGGCUCUGCUGAGGAGGUGCUGGUGGUCAUCAACAUCAGUCCUUUGGAGAAUGGCCAUGUACUCCUGGUGCCGGAUCCGGGCCGUGAACUGCCGCAGGUGCUGACCCCGGAAGCCCUCCACUGUGGCCUGGAGGCCGUCCUACUCAGCGCCCAGCCGGGCUUCCGUGUGGGCUUCAACAGCCUGGGGGCCUACGCCUCUGUCAACCACCUCCACUUGCAUGGCUAUUACCUGGACAGGGAGCUGCCAGUGGAAACCGCCCCUUGCCAAGCCCUCUUGCCCAGAGCAGGACUCUACUUGCUGCAGGAAAGGGCCCCAGCACCCGGCUUCCUCUUCUUCUACUGCCAAGAGAGGCAGCUGGAAGAGAUGGCCGGAAAAGUCGCAAAGCUGACCAGCUUCCUGUUGGAGAAAGGGGUGGCCCACAAUCUCUUUGUCACCCGGGGAGCGGCCCCCAAUGAGGGACCCUUGUCCACUGCAUCACGACCGGGGCUCCGAAUAAUUGUCUGGCCUCGAAGGGCCUGCUUCGGGGCCAAGGAGUCCUCUUCCUUCAACGUGGCGCUCUGUGAGUUGGCAGGACACCUGCCCAUCAAGACCGCCCAAGACUUCGAGGCUCUGACUGAGGCCUCAGCUCUCCGGACAAUUCGAGAGUGUCUCCUCUCGGAUGAUGAGUUUGCCCAGCUGCAGCGGGAGCUGGUGGCCCUCUUUAGGUGACAACUGCAGGACCCAAGUGCCUUGUAGGUUAGCAGGCCUCUGUGCCAUGGAUGCUUCUUGCUCCUCUCUUCCCACUUGGACAUGAACGCAAGGCCAUGAACUCAAAACUGCCAGAGAUUUUGAGGCCCUGACCAAAGCCUCAGCCCUUCGAAUGAUUUAGGGGUGUUACCACUCUGACACUGAGUUUGCCUAGCGGCAACGGGAGCUCGUGACCCAUAUACAUGUUUUAACAAAACAAUUAAGAGAUAUUCUGAGAAGGCAAAGGUCAGGGGUCCUCAAACUAAGGCCCGGGGGCCGGAUACAGCCCUCCAAGGUCAUUUACCCGGCCCUCGCUCAGGGUCAACCUAAGUCUGAAAUGACUUGAAAGCACACAACAACAACAACAACAAUCCUAUCUCAUCAGCCAAAAGCAGGCCCACUCUUCCCAUUGAAAUACUAAUAAGUUUAUAUUUGUUAAAUUUGUUCUUAAUUUUAAUUAUUAUAUUGUUUUUAAAUGUUUUUUGCACUACAAAUAAGAUAUGUGAAGUGUGCAUAGGAAUUAAUUCUUUUU